AACAUCAAGUAUCAAUUUUAUUACAACCCCAUGAGCAUUGUUUCAACAUUAGGAGAGAGACAGGCCUGCCUAGUUAUGGUUAUAAAGCUAUGACUGGACAGUCACUGUUUGGGGGAGGGGUUUAGUGAACAGCCAUUUGAUCAAAUUAGGUAUAUUAAUACUUAGUCGUAAGCAUAUAAUGCUCAGUACUUAUUAUAUAAGACUCAGUUAUAUAUCACUGAAAUGAAGAAAGACUGGGAGACAGCAAAGCACCUGCUGUGUAGUCAGAAAACACUCUCGAGCUCAUUUCUCAUUCUGAUGAAAUCUCUCUUUGGUCUACAGAUUCAUAGAAAGACUUAAUCUGUCUCUGGGAACACAGCCUGUAGAUUCAUGGCUCCUGACUCACUUUGCCGAUCUCUUGUCAGAUAUUUCCUGUUUAAGUUCUCAUAUGAAGCAUACAGAAGGUCGACCAGCUAAGGUUUCAUGUUUACUUUUCACAUUUCUGGUCUUCAAAAAUACACUGCCCCCGGCCAUGGGUGACCUUGCAUGCUGGUGCCUAAGCCUGUGCGUGAGUGCAUACUGUAUACGAGUAAGUGUGUGCGCCUGUGUGUGUGUGUGUGUGUGUGUUUGUACAUGUUCUUCGUUCUCAGCAAGCUGUGUCCCUAGAGCUACUUACUGUAAUACCCUAUCAUACUCAUCCAGUCAUCAAUCUCUUUACCUAGCACAGACAAGACAUACCUGACACACACACAUGAAUACACACUCCAUCUGGAAAGGAUAAUGGUACUGUGUCCAAAGAGAGGGUGCUGUCAUAUGAUUGUAUCAGGACUCAGUGUGUAUGUGUGUGUGUGUGUGUGUGUGUGUGUGUGUGUGUGAGUGUGUGAGAGAGAGAGAGAGAGAGAGAGAGUAGGAAGGGGUUAAAAUGGCUAAAACAUUUGGAGAAGGCAGGACCCAAGCUGGCUCUGAUCCCACCCCCUUUCUCAGCUCUGACCUCACUCUGAAACUUGUUCCCCCUUGUGCGUGAUGCACACACACACACACACACACACACAGACACUUGCUCAGUCACAUGCCUACAUACACGCUCGCUCACUGACGUACACGCUCGGUUGCUCACUCACACACACACAUCUCGCACAGAUCUGUGCACAUUCUGUGGGGAGCUCGGACAAAAAAAAAAAAAGAAAGAAAGACUACACACACACAUACAGCGCUCAGGGCGACUGUGACAGACUGGAGCAGGAGAGCAAGUUUGCCCGGGGAAAGGAAAGGUCUCUGUUUGUUCUGUGAUUAAAGGUGUAGCAGCCAGAGGGGAGAGGAGGAAGCAGAGAGAGAAAGAGAAUAAGAAGAGCAAGAGAGAGAGAGAGCAGACAGAUAGAAAACGAGAGGGGGAAGUGGGCAGCAGUGUUGCGCCACAUUUAGACCCGAAGCAAAGACAAGACAAGAUGUUCAAGGGGGACCGAUUAAUGGAGCUCUGCUGAGAGUGAUGAAAAGCUUUUUUUACAGCCUGCAAGGCAGACAGACAAGCAGCAGAGAGUGUGCAGCUCUCACAACAGGAAUCCAGGUGCUCGGGAAGGAAUCCACUCCAAAUUUCUACAUAUCUCCCAGGAGAAAACAGACUUUCGCCAGCAUACAGUAGCAUGUAUUGAUUCGCCCCCUUGGUCAUCCUGGCUCUGCACUGGAGCCACUGGUCCUAGAGCUGGUGUCCACUCCUGCCAGAGGUAAUGAGAACUCCUGGGAAGCCGUGGAGAGCCGGACAGCCCGACACAGCGAGACAGACGAGGAAACGGGCCGGGUUGUACAGGGAUGAGAGGGGCCACAAGCUGAGGAGAACCAAGAGAGGGAGAACAGCGGAGCGGCCGAGAAGAGGAGGUUUUGAUGUGGAGAAUGGAUUGUCAGUGGGCCGCAGCCCCCUGGACCCCCAGGCCAGCCCUGGCUCUGGUCUGGUCAUACAGGCCAACUUUCCCCACAGCCAGCGGCGGGAAUCCUUCCUCUACCGCUCUGACUCCGACUUUGACCUCUCACCCAAAGGUCCCUCCAGAAACUCCUCCACUGCCAGUGACCUGGAAGAAAGCUUGAAGCACUGGGAGGUCAACUGGUUGUCAUCUCGACAUACAGAAGACAUGAUUGUUACACCAUUUGCACAGGUCCUCGCCAGCCUGAGGACAGUCCGAAGUAACUUUGCCGUCAUAACCGGCCAACAAGAUCGCACAGCCAGCAAGACGCGAUCCUCAGGCAGCAACCCACCAUCCAUGUGCAAGACCAGUCUCGCAGAGGAGCCUCACCAGCAGCUGGCCAUAGAGACUCUAGAUGAGCUGGACUGGUGUCUGGAACAACUAGAGACACUGAAAACUCGACACUCUGUCAGCGAGAUGGCUUCAAACAAGUUCAAGAGGAUGCUGAACCGAGAGCUCAGCCAGCUGUCAGAAACCAGCCGUUCUGGGAACCAGGUGUCUGAGUUCAUCUCUAGCACCUUCCUUGAAAAGCAACAUGACAUGGACAUCAUGUCUCCCCCCACCAAGGAGAAGGACAAGAAGAAGCGGCCCAUGUCCCAGAUCAGCGGUGUGAAGAAGGCCACCCACAGCCCCAGCCUCGCCCCCUCCACCAUCCCUCGCUUUGGGGUCAACGCCAGCCAGGAAGGCCUCCUAGCCAAGGAGUUGGAGGACAUAAACAGGUGGGGGAUCGACAUCUUUAAGGUCUCUGAGUAUUCUGGGAAUCGCCCGCUGACGGUCACAAUGUACACCAUUUUCCAGGAACGUGACCUCCUCAAGUCCUUUAAGAUUCCUGCGGACACUUUCAUUACCUUCAUGAUGACUUUGGAGGAUCAUUACCACGCUGACGUGGCCUACCACAACAACAUCCAUGCUGCUGACGUGGUCCAGUCUACACAUGUCUUGCUGUCCACACCUGCACUGGAGGCUGUAUUUACUGAUCUGGAGAUCCUCGCUGCUCUGUUUGCCAGCGCCAUCCAUGAUGUGGAUCACCCUGGAGUUUCCAACCAGUUUCUCAUCAACACCAACUCAGAGCUGGCCCUGAUGUACAAUGACUCGUCAGUGCUGGAGAACCACCACCUCGCUGUAGGCUUUAAACUUCUGCAGGAGGACAACUGUGACAUCUUUCAGAACCUCAGCAAGAAACAGAGGCAGUCAUUGCGCAAAAUCGUCAUCGACAUGGUGCUGGCCACAGAUAUGUCUAAACACAUGAACCUAUUAGCAGACCUGAAAACCAUGGUGGAGACUAAGAAAGUCACCAGUCUAGGUGUCCUGCUCCUGGACAACUAUUCAGACCGCAUACAGGUUCUCCAGAACAUGGUGCACUGUGCAGACCUGAGUAACCCCACCAAACCUCUCGAGUUGUACAGACAGUGGACCGACCGCAUCAUGGUGGAGUUUUUCACCCAGGGGGACAGGGAGAGGGACAAGGGCAUGGAGAUCAGCCCCAUGUGUGACAAACACAACGCCUCUAUAGAGAAGAACCAGGUGGGUUUCAUUGACUACAUUGUUCAUCCCCUGUGGGAGACGUGGGCCGACCUGGUCCACCCAGACGCUCAGGAGAUCCUGGACACACUAGAGGAUAACAGAGAGUGGUACCAGAGCAUGAUCCCCCACAGCCCUUCACCCAACCCAGAGGGCCAGGAGGAGGGAGCCCUUGCAGGGGAAGCUUCAGCACCUGGUGGGGGCGCUGGCUCCACUUCCACCGAUAAGUUCCAGUUUGAGUUGACCCUUGAAGAAGAAGGAGAGUCUGAUACAGAGAGUCCACCUGAGGAGGAGGGGGAGGAGGGCUACAGUGGCAGGAGCGGGUCUGGACUCUCCAGAACUGAUUCUGGCAGUGGAUUUGAUGCAGUCUCUGCCAAGAUUCACCGGCUCCCCAAAAUGCUCACUACUGAUUCAGGCAGGACGUUUUCUUUAGACUCUGACAAAGAUAUGGCAGAAGAAAGAGAAACAGACGAGGAGAGCGUCUCUGGUGUACCACGUUUCAGACUUGGCACAUAGCACCAGUCAAAAGAUUUUCUUUUGGCCUUUUUUCAUUUAUUUUUCUUGAUUUUCAGUGCCUCAUCCUCUGUCACGCCCCUUCUCCCACUCCAACCAAACACCACCACCACCACCUCUGGUUUCCGUGGACAGGGUGACAGCAAGCCUUGGGAUGCGGAGUACAGGAGUGCGGGCGGGUUUGGGAGGGUGUUAAGAAAGUCUGCCGUUUUACACAGCAGUCACUUGCACUGUAGAGAGACAGACAGACUGAAAGAGGACAGGAAACCAAGUUUCUGACCAGUCCUUUGUGUUCUGUGUCUUUCAGUCAGACUUACUGUGGAUAAAGUUCUACAGAGACAGUGAGAAGUUUAUUAACAAAAGCUUCCCUUCUUACCAGCCAACCCAAGGUCUACUACAACUAAUGACAGAACUGUCUUCCUCUUUUGGAGUAUUUGUGAAAAAUGUGAGGAAGUGAUGAAUAACCGUGAAAACACAACAAACUCUUGUAAGACAUCUUGCCAAACUUGCAAUUUACAGGGACAAUGCUGUUUUGCCCGCCUUUUUAGUUUUUUUUCUGUUUGUUUGUUUAUUUUGUUGUCCUUUAUUUAGGUCCAUACACCAUGAAAUACAGUAAAUGAAGAUUCAGUAAACAGCAGAGUCCAAAGCAGUGAAGGCAAAGUAAUGUCAGAGAGAAGCUGUGCAUGAGUUUAUGCAGAACACUUUAAAUGUAGCAGACAUUUUGAGUGACUCUAUCAUUAUUGUUGUAUAUGUAACGCUCCUGUCAGCCGGUGUUGCACAGCCCAUUUAACUGUGUUCAGCAGGCAGUUGUUUUGAAACAGGAAUAUGAUUAUAAUGAAUGGGCUGGCAGUACAUAUUAUAUAGAGAUUUUCAGUUGUUUCAGGCUUACUAUUCCCAUUUUUUAUAAUCCUACUGUCAGCAACAAAACUGAGCCACAGUCAGCGUAGUGUUGUACAGUCAGAGUUACAUCUAAAGCAAUGUGGGCUAUGUACAUGGCGCCCCCCAGUGUCCAAAAAUGGAACUGAAGCUCUGGCAUCAGAUGCGAAUGAUUUGCAUGGUUUUGCAUAGGCCUAUAUGGAAAAUACAUUCAAAAUGUAUUCAACUGUAGGACUACCCAAAAUAUCAGUUACCUUUCAGUUUUGUUGCUCUUUUGAUUUUUUUUUAUUUAUUUUUUUUUAUUAUCUUUCAGUAAUGUUUGUUUGAAUUCUUUAUAUUUGGCACCCAUUUUUAUCAGUUUGCCUUCAAGUUUAGCACUUUACAGUUUUGUUCAUAGCUAGCCCUCAUUGUGGUUUUUAAGGGCUUGAGCCAAAACAUGAACACACUGGAGGCUGUUGACUGAGAAACAGUUUGUCAUUGGCUGUAAAGCAACCAGCACAAACAUCAUGCAAAAAAACAAAACACUACAGCACAAAUGCUAUCCAUUCAGAUCCAUUAUUGUUACUACAUUAAGUGUCAAAAGCAGCAUCCACCUACCGAAAUACUGAUUUUGGUUACAUCCACUUCCAUAAAUUACCUGACUGAUAAGGGCAGUGUAUAGGAGGCACAAGUGUUGCAAAGAUAUAUGUUCACAUCAACUGUAACUGUAAAAACCCAGGAGGUUAGAGACAGUUUCCUGUGCCAGAAUUUUUUUUCAUCUUUUUCCUUUCAUUGAUCAAUAUUUAGCUCUUCAUAGGGACAUAGUCAAUGACAAAACAAAACAAGUGCCAAGCAAGCAUGACACAACCCGUACUGUAAUUUCCAUUUUGCCACUGGCUACUUUCCAUCAGUGACUGAUAAAAUUGGUUGAUUGUAGCACCCUGUGUGCCAAUCUGACCCUAGUGUCUCUGUUCUCUCUCUCUUUAUUUCUAACUCCUCUUCAAACAGUAACUGAAACUGAUGUUGUCUUAAAACAGUGAUGUGUUUUUUGUGUGUGUGAAUGACUGGGUUGACUUUUUUAAAAAUGUAUUUGCUAAGAAAAAAAACCAAAGCACUUUGUAUGGUACUUUUACAGUUCUGCACUUCCAGUACAGUUGAACAUGUAUAAUGUGACUGUUUCACUGUUUUUCUGUUGGCAAACGGCCUGGUGAUCGAGUUGAAUUGCACGGGCUGGGCCACUACAGCUCUUAAAGGUUGGAUGUUGGAGGGACUGAAGUUGUUUUUUUUUUCUCUCUCUCUCUCUUUUUAUAAUUGACUGUACAAAAAAAGGUGUUUUGUUGAAAUGCAUGACAUUGGCUGCAGGAUUCAAAGAAAAUGAAGACUAUAUAGAGUACUUGCAAAACAUAGCCUGUGGAGAAACUUAUUUUAUUUUAUUACAGUGAAACAGAGUAAAUCGUGUUUUAAUGUGUGAAGGAGCCGAAAGUUUUUUUGACGCCUUAUUUUGAAACUUGGGAUUCUUUUUUUCUGGUCAUGGAUAUGUUCACUGACAUGCUGGAGUUAAACAUGUGCAAUCCUUUUCUGUAGCCAUAAACAGCACCAAACAGACCAACACUCAAGGAUGCCUUCAACACUAAGGACUAUUUAACAACUGCUUAACCAGCACAACAUGCAAGGACUCAGUCUGUCUCUCUGCGUGUCUCUAAUUGUUUGAUUAUGUACAUUCUCCUCACAGUGCUUCAUGUACAGAUUAUUUAUUAUUUCUAUAUUAUCUGUCAGAGACGAUGGAGCAAUAGACUUUUUUUAGUCUGAGGUUUAGUGCUUAUGUUUAGCUUGAUGUGUGAGAAAGUCAAACGAGACAGAUUUCAACUGUUGUUCAGUUUUUCUCCUCCUCGUUUCAUUUCUUUAUGUCUGCAAGUAACAUUAUACAUAAGCAAAAAUACUCUUUCAUCUUUUUCUUGGUAUAAAAAUAGAUAAGUGACAGAUUUCCGUCUGGGUUUUCUGAAACAUCUGUCCUUUCCUUGUCUUCCUCUGUUUCCACUGAUCUGGUCAGAUCACGUAUUCAUGAAGGAUCUUACAGUAAUCGUGCUGAUCUGAGACUUUUCUCAUUCAUAGUGAAGAUAAUUUAGUCACAUGGCCUCAACAUUCAUCCUAGAUCAGUAUUUCUUUUCUUAGAGAUUUUAUGAAUAUGGGUCAUGAAGUGAGACUCUGCAGCUUUGACAAUCCAAACUCUGCUGUUUAACUGCGGGUGUGUUCGUCCUCUCUCCAACUAGAACUGUAUGCCUUGCCAAUAAAGGAAAAACUCUUCACUCUU